CAAGCCAGAUCCGGCUCCGGGGUGACGCAUAUGCGCUAAUACAUUUGCAGCAGCGUUCCAUUCUGCUCCACCCUGCUCCACCCGUGGUUUAUUUGCAUGUUGUACCUUGGCUGACUCGGACAGGUUGGCAUCAGGCUGAUGGACGACUGCUUCUCCACAGUGCCUGGUGCACAGCUAUUUGGCUCAAUAUUUGCUGUUUGGCCUCUUGCAUGUGGUGAUUCACCAUGUGUAAAUGUUGUUGAUGAUAUCACUGUGACAGUGCCUCGUUACUCAGGUCAGUGGGACUCGUUAGUCAACCCGGAUCCGUGUCUAGAUCUCGAAGUUUUCAACUCCAAAUUCCCUAUCCGGCCGGUACAGCUGUAGGUCAGCACUUUUGGAAAGGGAUGUACCAUGAAACUGUCGGACAGUUUUAUUCGGAUGCAAGCAACUCUCAUACGUUAAGCGCGCACACGUUCUAAAUGGCUGUUCAUUCCCGCGGAAUAUCGUUUCGAACAUUUUUCAACUGUUCGACACACUUCUCCGAUGGCGUUCGUGUUAUUGCAUUACCCGGCCCUGUGAUAAGAAAUAGGGGACUCUCAGGCUGGAUCGCCGAUCAUUCAAGUUUGUAAAAGGAAUAUGGCAGAAUGAAUGUUUUGUAAAUGCAAACAUAUGCUACCCAGCCAUGUGCGUCAAGUGUGGAAGUACGUUCAAGCAAU